GUGAAGUGAAAGAAGACUGUAUAUGUUUGCAUCUAUAGCUGUUAUAGAUGUUUUAGGUUUAACCGUCACAGGUAGGCAGCGGACAUGGCUGCUGCUGCUGCCUUACUCCUCGCUGCACUGACUCUUGCCUGUUCAGCUGUGAGUGGAAAUUUGGCCUCUGGAGAGAGCUCUUUCUCUAUAGACUACAAAAGCAACUGUUUCCUGAAAGAUGGGAAGCCUUUUCAGUACAUCUCAGGGAGCAUCCACUACUCCAGAAUCCCACGGUACUACUGGAAGGACCGACUCGCGAAGAUGUACAUGACUGGACUGAAUGCCAUCCAAGUAUAUGUGCCCUGGAACUUCCAUGAAACUGUACAGGGAGUUCAAAACUUCACAGGAGACAGAGAUCUGGAGCAUUUUUUGGAUCUGGCCAACCAGACAGGUCUGCUGGUCAUCCUGCGUCCUGGACCAUACAUCUGUGCUGAAUGGGAAAUGGGUGGACUGCCUGCCUGGUUACUUCAAAAGCCAAACAUCAUCCUGCGCUCUGCAGACACAGAUUAUCUGCAGGCAGUCAGCAACUGGCUUGCUGUUCUCCUCCCCAAAGUGAAACCUUGGCUCUAUGUUAACGGGGGAAACAUCAUUACUGUCCAGGUUGAGAAUGAAUAUGGGAGUUACUACAGCUGUGACUACAACUACAUGCGUCACCUGCGCACUCUCUUCCGCUUCUUUCUGGGCGAGGACGUCAUCCUGUUCACCACUGAUGGAAACACAGACAAGGAAAUGAUAUGUGGGACUCUGGAAGGAUUAUAUGCCACAGUAGACUUUGGGACAGACACCAACAUCACUGAAGCCUUCGCCCGGCAACGACGAUUUGAACCUCGAGGACCCCUGGUGAACUCAGAGUUUUACACUGGCUGGUUGGAUCACUGGGGAGAUCAGCAUGCUGUGGUUGAUGCUCAGAAGGUCAGCAGAGUGCUAGGAGAAAUGCUAACCAUGGGGGCCAACGUCAACAUGUACAUGUUUGAAGGAGGAACAAACUUUGGCUACUGGAAUGGUGCUGAUCAUGACACCAGGUUUCGCUCAGUAGUCACAAGUUAUGAUUACGACGCCCCGCUGACUGAGGCAGGAGACCCCACAGAGAAGCUCUUGGCUAUUAGAGAUGUCAUAAAGCAGUUUAGAGAGAUUCCCUCUGGCCCCAUGCCACCAGCAACUCCCAAGUUUGUCUAUGGCUUUGUGACCCUGCAAAAGGUUGGGGACAUCAGUGGCCUGCUGAACACCCUUUCACCUCUGGGACCAAUCAAAUCUCAGUAUCCUAUUACGUUUGAAGAGGUGAAACAGUACUAUGGAUACGUGCUAUAUCGGACCACGCUGCCGCAAAACCUCUCAGAGCCCACACCACUUAUCUCUCCACUGAAUGGGGUUCAUGACCGUGCAUAUGUGUCUGUCAAUGGGGUUUUCCAGGGCCUGUUAGAGAGAGACACUGUGCUGGUGAUGAAUGUCACUGGACAGCAGGGGGACACACUGGACAUCCUCGUAGAGAACAUGGGCAGGGUUAACUUUGGCAGCAAGAUCAAUGACUACAAGGGCCUGUUGAGCAACUUGAUCCUGGGUAAAGAUGUUCUGACUGACUGGAAGAUUUACCCUUUGGACAUUGACGGAGCCGUUACUGGUGGAUGGCCUCACGCCAACAGCCGAAAAUCUGACCCUGCUCCUCGGAGAGAGCCUACACGUGGACCAACCUUCUACAUGGGGACUUUGCAGCCCAACGGCUUAGCAUGGGACACUUUCCUCAAGCUCAAUGAAUGGACUAAGGGUCAGGUUUGGAUUAAUGGUGUGAACCUGGGACGAUACUGGCCAGCCAGAGGGCCUCAGCAGACUGUCUAUGUCCCCGGACCCCUGCUCAGCACCACCCUGCCCAACAACAUCACGGUGCUGGAGCUGGAAGGAGCUCCAGGACACUUGAGGGUUCUUUUUAUGGACCGACCUCAGCUCAACAUCACACCUAAAAAGCUUUGA